AGUCUGGAGACCAUGAAUAAGUCAAGGAUAUCUACUGUGACACAGUUUGUCUUGUUGGGCUUUCCUGGUCCUUGGAAAAUGCAGGUCAUUCUUUUCUCAAUGAUUUUGCUGGUCUACAUCUUAACUCUGACUGGGAAUAUGGCCAUCAUUUGUGCCGUGAGGUGGGAACACCGACUCCAUACCCCUAUGUACAUGCUCCUGGCCAACUUCUCCUUUCUGGAGAUCUGGUAUGUGACCUGUACAGUCCCCAACAUGCUGGUCAAUUUUCUUUCCAAAACCAAGACCAUAUCAUUCUCUGGUUGCUUCACACAAUUCUACUUCUUCUUUUCCCUGGGCACAACAGAAUGCUUCUUCCUCUGCGUCAUGGCUUACGAUCGGUACCUAGCCAUCUGCCAUCCACUGCACUAUCCCUCCAUCAUGACUGGGCAGCUCUGCGCCAUUCUGGUGUCUCUUUGCUGGCUCCUUGGUUUCCUUGGACAUUCAAUUCCUAUUUUAUUCAUUUCACAACUACCCUUUUGUGGUCCCAACAUCAUUGAUCACUUUCUGUGUGAUGUGGACCCACUCAUGGCAUUGUCCUGUGAACCUACACCCAUUAUAGAGCACGUAUUCCAUUCUGUGAGCUCUCUUAUCAUCAUCCUCACCAUUUUGUACAUCCUUGGGUCCUAUAUGCUGGUGCUCAGAGCUGUGCUUCAGGUUCCUUCUUCAUCUGGGCGGCAAAAGGCCUUCUCUACCUGUGGAUCCCACUUAGUUGUGGUGUCUCUAUUCUAUGGAACCAUAAUGGUGAUGUAUGUGAGUCCCACCUCUGGCAACUCAGUUGCUAUGCAUAAGAUCAUCACACUGAUAUACUCUGUAGUGACACCAGUUUUAAACCCCCUCAUCUACAGCCUACGCAACAGGGACAUGAAAUUUGCCCUCUGUCAUUUCUUUUGUAGAAUGAGAAUGAUCCAAACCUUGUGA